CGUUGACAUGCUUGACAAGUUGCCAUUCUCUGAGCAUCAAAACCCAACACCGCGCUACUUCUACUUCCUGCAACCCGGGUGUUUUGCAUCUACCUCGGCGGCGCGCACAUCAAAUUCGAUCCAUCGCUGCUAAGAACGGAGGAAGAAUAUGGCGUCGGCGGAUACAGAGGCGCCGUCGCGCCACCACUUUGACAAUCGGUCGCCAUCACCCAUCGACCGUCACCAAUCUCCGAGCCUUCGCCGCGACCGGUCCCCAUCUCCAGGUUCUCGCGAUAUCUCACCGCCUCCUCGGGACCGUUCUCGAACAAGGUCGCCACCGAGAAGACGCUCGCCGCCGCCGCCGCGCGCGCGUCGCGAUGCCGACAGGUACCGACCAGCCAAGAAGGAGCGCACGCCGCCUCCUGCUCCGCCACCCAAGACGGAGGAGGAGAAGCUAGCGGACGCCAGAGCUGAAUACCAGAAGCUCCUCAGCCUGCGCAGCCAGGGUGUGUACAUGCCGCCGCACAAGCUCCGCGCCCUGCAAGCCGCCAUUACGGACAGAAGCACCAAGGAGUACCAGCGCAUGGCAUGGGAUGCCCUGAAGAAAUCGAUCAACGGUCUGGUGAACAAGGUCAACACGGCGAACAUCAAGUUUGUCGUGCCUGAACUGUUCAACGAGAACCUCGAGCGCGGUCGUGGCCUGCUCUGCCAGAGCCUGCUGAAGGCGCAGCACGCCAGUUUGCCCUUCACGCCAAUAUAUGCGUGUCUGGUAGCCAUCUGCAACACUAAGAUGCCUCGGGUGGGCGAGCUGCUCGUCAAGCGGCUCAUCAUGCGGUUUCGGAAGGGCUUCAAGCGGAACGACAAGGCUGUGUGCCUCUCCUCGACCAUGUUCCUCGCCCAUCUCGUCAACUAUCAGGUGGUGAACGAAAGGCUGGCCGGCCAGAUUCUGGUGCUCUUGUUGCAGAGGCCCACCAACGACAGCGUGGAAAUUGCUGUCGGGUUCAUGCGCGAGGUCGGCUUGUUCCUCGAGGAGAUGUCGCCCGGGAUAGCCCACGCCGUGUUUGAGACGUUCAGGAACGUUCUGCACGAGGCCGACAUAGACAACCGCGCGCAGUACAUGAUCGAGGUGCUGUUCCAGGUGCGCAAGGACAAGUACAAGGAUAACCCGGUGAUCAAGGAGGAGCUGGACCUGAUCGACGAGGAGGAUCAAAUCAUGCACCAAAUCCUGCUGGAUGACGAGAUCAAUACGGAGGACAGCCUGAAUGUCUUCAAGUACGACCCCGACUGGGAGGCCCACGAAGAGGAGUAUAAGACGUUGAAGGCCGAGAUUCUUGGAGAGGGAAGCGAUGACGAGGGUGAGGAAGAUGAGUCGGAGAGCGAGACCGAGGAAGAAGAUGAGGAGGAGAAGGCUCUUGAGAUCAAGGACCAGAGCAACGCGGAUCUCGUCAACCUCAGACGAACGAUAUACCUGACUAUCCAGUCAAGCGCCGACCCCGAAGAAGCGGCCCACAAGCUCAUGAAGCUCAAGCUUCCUGUCGGCCAGGAACCCGAGCUAGUGUCCAUGAUCGUCGAGUCCUGCGCCCAGGAGAAGGUGUAUCUCAAGUUUAUGGGACUUCUGGGAGAGCGGUUUGCGCGGUUGAACCGGAUGUGGAUGGACCUCUUUGAGGAGUCCUUUAUGAAGUACUACACGACGAUCCACCGGUACGAGACCAACAAGUUGCGGAACAUCGCCAGAUUCUUCGGCCAUCUUCUCGCCUCUGAUGCCAUUGGCUGGCACGUCCUGUCCGUUAUCCACCUCAACGAAGAGGAAACGACGUCAGCAAGCCGUAUCUUCAUCAAGAUUCUGUUUGAAGAUCUCCAAGAGAAUCUGGGCACGGCGAAGCUGAAGGCACGGAUGAGCGACGAGACUCUGCAGCCCAGUUUGCAGGGCAUCUUCCCGCACGACAACCCGCGGAACAUUCGCUUCUCGAUCAACUACCUCACUGCCAUCAAGAUGGGCUUCCUCACCGACGAGAUGCGCACCUUCUUGGCCAACAUGCCGAAGCCCACCCUUCCGGCCCCGGCUGCAGCCUCGGAUUCAGACUCGGUGUCGAGCUAUUCUUCCUACACGCGCUCCUCGUACUCGUCACGGUCGCGUUCUCGAACUCCCCGCCGUGCCGUGGACCGCGGCCGUUCCAUCUCGCGCACCCCGCCGCGUCGGGGUAGAGACAGAUCCUACACACGCAGCCGAACUCGUAGCCGCAGCUACACGCGUUCCGUCUCGACCGGACGGUCUCUCUCGCGCUCCCCUGCGCCGCGCCGAGCCCGCGGUCGCAGCCCGAGCCGCACUCCCAGCCGUAGCAGGAGCCCAGAGCGAGGCAGAGGCAGAGGCAGAAGUAGAAGCUACACCCGCUCACCGACACCACGCUCUGUUUCACGCUCGCGUUCUCCUCCCCCGGCCCGCCGCGGUCGCGCGCGCACACGCAGCCCGUCCUACUCGCGCUCGCCGUCCCGUUCCCGGUCUCCCGUUGCUGGCCCUUCUUAUUCCAAGCGCCGGCGGGAGGACUCAUACUCGGCCAGCCGCUCCCCUCCGCCGCCGCCGGCAAGGAGGCAGAGACGGUACAGCAGCCGAUCGAAGUCGCCUUUGUCGGGGGACUCGAGGUCACCGUCGAAGUCUAGGGCGAGAUCUAGAACCAGGUCGCCCGCGCCAGCUGCUGGUGCUGCUGCGCGUGACGGUCGUGGUGAUGACAGGGGACGCGGCGCGAGGAACUAUAGUUCUCGUUCCUACUCGCGCUCGAUGUCAAGGUCGCGGAGUCCUCCACCGUCGCGAGGUGGAGCUGGGAAGGAUGGUGGUUAUUCCGGAAGCUAUGCGGAUAAGGGAGGGGAUGGCUACAGGGGUGGUGGGUACCGGGAUAGGGAUGGGUAUGGCAGGGGGAGGAGGGACAGCAGGAGCAGGAGCGGGUCCCCAGCAAGGAGUCCUGCGGGAGGAGCUGGUGGCGGGAAGCGGAGGAGGUAUUAUAGCAGCUCGCGGUCGAGAUCGCCACGUGUGCCGGCUAAGCGGGGGAGGGUUGGUGCUUAAUAAUUAACAGCGGUCAAUCAGG